AUGGCAGAUGGUCCCGAUGUCCCGACGUGUGUUCUGAAAGUGAAUAUCCAGUGUUGUUCAACAUGUCCCGAGAAAGUGAAGAAAAAGUUGCAGAAAAUCAAUGACGUGUAUGAUAUCGACAUAGAUUCCAAAAAUGGGCUGGUGUCUGUUCGGGGUACCGUGCAACCAUCGGUGCUCAUUCAGACGAUAUCAGAAAAGGUUGGCAAAAAAGCAGAGCUUUACUCCUACGUCAAGAAUCUCGACAUUCAAAGCCAGUUGCCAGACGACCGCAGUCGUCGUUUUCCUCGUAACCACCAGGAAAAUAACCGAACGUAUUGUUUUACUGAUGAAUCUAUUGUCGAUACCGAUGUUAAGGACCCUGUUUCAGAAGGGUCCAAAGGCACAUUUUCUUGGCAUAACCCGCAGCAUGGCGUGAGAAAGAAGAAACACGGGUUUGCUCGUUGGUUCGACAAGAAGAGUAAUAUUGAACCGCCGAGAAUGUUUAGCAAGUUCGGAGGACUGCGGUUAGGAAAAUACGUGAGGCUGCGGCCAGCACCAUCACCGUCGGCCCCGUCACUACCACCGUGAUCAUAAUUCAUUGAGAAAUGGAUAAUAAUAGCCACCAGUUUAUUCAAACCGGUCACUAUCAUCCCAGAAAAAUCAAAGCAGCCGCUCCAUGUCCUUAUGGUUUCUCUGAGAAGGAACCACCAAUCAGCAACUAUAUUUUUCAUUCGUUUCUUGAUGAUACAAUUGUAGUGCUUGCAGCAUAAAAAUAAAACGAGCUGAUGUUGAA